CAGAUACUGAAGGAGCAUCUGCCAGUUGAUGAUAAUAAGAAGAUUGAUUUGAAUGUGCUGCUGGAUGAAGUUAAAAACAUUACUGGAGAGAAGAUUCAUGUUGGAGACGUGAAGAGUUUUCUGGAAGAUAUGGGAAUAGAGACCACAGAUAAGGAACUUAAAAAACUGCUGAAAACUCUGCCAUUUUCUGCUAAUAAAAAGAUAUUUAAGAAAGAAUUACUGGAACAUGUGAAAUCCUUCAAAGGAGGGAAGAUUCAUGUUGGUGACUUAAAUAGUGUUCUGCAAAACACUGGGUUCAGACUUGAAACAAAAGAAAUCAAGGAUCUGCAGACUCAUCUGCCAGUUACUGAAUAUGAAAAUGUUUACCUAGAUGUGUUGAUGGAUGCAGCAAAAUCUUUUACAGGAGAAAAAGUUGAAGCCAGUAACAUAAAAAAUAUACUGAGAAACAUGGGAAUUGAGAUCACUGAAAAAGAACGAUUGACACUAUUGAAAACUCUGCCAAUCCGUAGAGAUGGGAAGGUGUAUAAGAAAAGAUUACUGGAUAGUAUAAAGCUUCUCAAAGGGAAAAAAUUCAAUGUCAAUAAUCUGGAAAACCUUUUGAAGAACAUGGAAAUUGAGGCUGAGAAAGAGGAGUAUGAGGAUCUACUGAAACACCUGCCGGUUGAUGAGAAUGAAAUGGUUGAUUUGAAUGUGGUAAUGGAUGAAGCUAAAGCUUUUACAGGAGAGAAGGUUAAUGUCAAUAACCUGGGCAAUGUGCUGAGAAGGAUGGGGCUUGUACUCACCGAACAGGAGCACCAGGAGCUGCUACAGAGUCUGCCAGUUCACACUGGUGGAAAAGUAUAUAAGAAUAGAUUGCUGAAAGGUGUGAAGGCCCUCAGUGGGCCAAGGGUCAAAGUUAAAAAAGUGGAACCUUUUUUGGAAAACAUGGAAAUUAGAAUCAAGGAUGCAGAACUUCACAAACUAAUAACCCAACUACAAAGCGAUGAUGAAAGAACAGCUGAUCUGCAUGAGUUGCUGGAUACUGUCAGUUACAUCAAGGGAGAGGUGAUUAAUGUCCAGAGUUUAGACAACUUACUAGCAAGUGAAGGGAUUAAGCUCACAGAAGAAGAAAAGAAGGAGUUGAUGCCUCAUUUGAUAUUUAACGGAUAUGGGAAGGUCAACGUGCAGUCAAUAAUGGAAGGCCUGAAGAAGCUUAAACACAAAGUCACUGACCACAUGGAAGUUUCAGAAAUUAAAGCAAAGUUUAAGCUGAAUCCUCUAACAAAAGUACCGAUCUCCCACAGCAAGAGGGAUAAAGACUUAGCAAGAUCUCAAUGCCAAACACAACACAAAGAAAAGAAGAUAAGUACUUCACAAAAGGAAGCCUUCCGAGCUGCCUACAACUUUUUCUACAAGGAUAAAACUGGCUGUAUUGACUUACAUGGGAUGAUGUGCACUUUAGCUAGAUUGGGAAUGAAUCUAACCAAGCAUGAUGUCUACAAUGAAUUAAGAUGUGCUGAUAUUGAUGGAGAUGGGAAGGUGAACUUCUCAGACUUUAUAAAAGUGCUAACAGAUAAGAACCGCUUCAUCAAGGCCGUGGCUCCAGAAAAGGAGACCUCUUUAAAUUUAGCUGGCAACCCAGGGAUCCUAUUAUUUGAAAUCCUAUCAAAGCUUGUAGAGACUUCAGCCCUACCCAGAAGAGCUAUAAUGGAAAUAGUAAGCUAUUUCCGAAGAAGGUUCCAGCAUUCUGGCGCAGAAGCACUGUGGAGUCCCUAUGCGAUGGGUUAUGGAAAAAGGAGACUUAAGCCAGACAUAUAUACACAUGCAAGCUCAAGCACAGCUGCCUUUGCUAAUGCUGCCCGAGUUGCAAUAAUGAAAGAAAAGGAUUUAUAUAAAUUUCUUGAAGAGCUCAAGAGAUGGAGUCCCUAUUCAGAUAGCCCAUAUUCAAAAAUACCUGUCUUCCCACUAUUUCCUAACAUGGAUGGGGUGGUGAUGGGAAAGCCAUUCAAAGACUUACAGAAAUUAGAAAUGUUAAGGAAAAAGGAGCCUCUGAAUUACUUUGAGAACUAUUUUUUCCAUAAAAGAGACUGGAAAACACAGGCAGCAAAUGUAAAAAAGCCUAUAGACCCUGCCUCCGGCUAUUCAGAUGACAUCCUUGACAUUGCUCAAAUGUUCAAGAAAAAGCAGACUUGGACAGUGGCUGAUGCAGCUGCUAUUAAACACCAGGUGAAGAGAGCUACAGACAACUAUAAUUUAGGAAUUGCCCUUGAGCACCGGAAGGAAAUGCUAAACCUCUGGCAGAAAAUCCGAGGAGACUUGGUUGGGAUAGACACUAAAAAUGAGUCCUUUUAUGACACAUUUUCUACUUAUACAUGGUCAUGGAAUGUUUGCCAAGAAUUACUUUCUCCUAAGGACUUAAGAUUAUUUGAUGCCUACACAUAUAGAAAUUCCUUUCACAACUCUGGAUUCUCUUCCUCGUCAGUAACCAGUGAAAGUGACACAGAGACUGGAAGAAAAAGAAAACGGAUAAGUUUCAAAGGAUUUCAACAAUGAAAUUUCUACAUUUUCUAAACAGCUCAUUACAAACUACUUUUUCAUAGUUAUCAAAAUUAUGGUUUCUUGCUUUUAUCUAAUACAUUCUUAGCAGCUGGAAAUUCUGACAUCUUUUGGAUUCU